CCUAUGCAGCCUAUAUGACCCCUCCAGUCUCAGGGUUCUGGAGACAAGUGGCAAGUUUAGAGCAGUUUUCGACUGAGCUCUGGACAUAGAACUUCAGCCAUGAAGAUAGCAAGCAUCUUUCUUCUCAGUGCCUUGGCCCUGUUGAGUUCAUCUGGUAACACUAAUGCUAACUUCCUGGGAAGAGAGGCUAAAUGUAGCAAUGAAGUGAGUGGAUGUUCCAAGAUUUAUAACCCUGUCUGUGGGACUGAUGGAGUUACUUAUUCUAAUGAAUGCAUGUUAUGUAUUGAAAAUACGAAGCGCCAGGUUCCUGUCCUCAUUCAAAAAUCUGGGCCUUGCUGAGAAUUAAGGUUCUGAAAUCCCGUCAGAAUACUAUGACGUGUCGCUGGCCUGAUUGUUGAAUAAAUAAUUCCUGUUGCAUCUAAAUACUU